AUGGAGGACGAUGCUAUAGGACAAGUGUCCGUCAGGUUCAAAGGAGAGAACGGUGAUGAGCUUGGUGCCAUCGUUUUCUUAGUGAGGAUCCAGUGCCUAUCUCCUUCUUUCACGGAAGAUGGGAUCGAAAUUGUUGGCAGCAUUGAGAAAAGCUUAGAUAAGAUCGACUUCGAAAAGACGCUAUGCCUCGUUUAUCAACCUCAAGCUGUUUUUCGUGUUCAACCAGUGACACGAUGCUCGUCAAGUAUGCCUGGUCAUGGAGAGCCAGUUAUUUCUGCUCAGUUUAGUCCUGACGGCAGGUGA